UAUGAUAAAAUUAUAAUAUUAUGAAGCGUUCACUUCUCAGUGAUUCUAGCUGUUGCAUCGUUUAAUGAACUAGGGUUUUCAUAUCGAUUACGCCGCACUUCCUUUUUCUCAACAACGUGAAAUCGCAACCAUGAGUACCCUCAGGUUGCAGAAACGGCUGGCCUCCGCUGUCCUAAAGUGUGGCAAAAACAAAGUUUGGCUUGAUCCCAAUGAAACAAAUGAAAUUGCUAAUGCCAAUUCAAGACAAAAUAUCCGUAAAUUAAUCAAGGAUGGUUUGAUUAUUCGCAAACCUGUUGCUGUGCACUCACGGGCUAGAGUUCGUAAGAAUGCCAUUGCCAGGAGAAAGGGUCGCCACAUGGGUCAUGGAAAGAGGAAGGGUACAGCUAAUGCUCGUAUGCCAGUCAAGAUCUUGUGGAUGCGCAGGAUGAGAGUGCUGCGUCGUCUUCUAAAGCGUUACAGAGAAGCGAAGAAAAUUGACAAGCACUUAUAUCAUGAACUGUAUAUGAAAUCUAAAGGUAAUGGUUUCAAAAACAAGAGAGUAUUGAUGGAGCACAUUCACAAGAGGAAGGCCGAGAAAGCAAGAACUAAACAGCUCAGUGACCAAGCCGAGUCCAGAAGACAGAGAGUCCGUGAGGCACGUAAACGCCGUGAAGAGCGCAUCAAACAAAAGAAAGAGGAGAUGCUUAAAUCUUUUUCUGAGAAGGAACCCCCAGCAUCAAGUUCUUAAAGACAGACUUUUGUGUACACAAAGAUUUUAUUGUCAGCACAAUAAACCUCUGUGGGGAAAAAUG